AUGUUUCUGCUCUCUUCACUUCUGAUACUGCUGUGGACCAAGACUCAAGGCUUGCAGGUGAGUCCAGACCGCUCCGUGUUCUUCCGUUGGGAGACUGUGGAGUUGCAGUGUGACGAGCCGGACUGGAUCUUGCUGCGGAUAACUCGUCUGGACUCGGGCACGCGAUGUGGUCAGCACUGGGGCGAACCACGGCCGCUCCGGUGCUUCAUCCGCUACAUGGACCCCAUGGACAGCGGCUGGUACUGGUGUGAGAGCGGAGAGGGCAAGAUCAAGGGCAGCCGCAACAUCACUGUCCUAGAUCAAUUCGGUCCUCCGACAACAAGUCCGCCCCGCACAAUGUCUGGCGCGCUCUUUUCCACAGAGACACUGUCACCCUCAGCAGAGCUCUCUCCCCCCUCACAGCGCCCCCUAGCUGUGGCUGUGCUCUGUCGCCUGCUGGUGCUGUGUCCUUAUGUGGUGUCGACUGUCCUCAUGCUGUCUCUGUGCAGACACACACGCUCAGGUCCACGGUUUUCAGAAAAGAAAGAGCGGCGUGUCAUGAUGAUGUCAGCAGAAACAGCGAUAGGAUUGGAGGAGCGGACUGAUGACAUCACAGUGGUCACUACAGAACACCACUUCUGA